AUGCUCACUCAUGAUAGCGAGAAGGCCCGUCGAUACAUCGAUCUCCUCGACACAGCUCGUUGCGGUGGAUUGUGGGAUGAAGUCCCAGAGUUGGUGAGAAAGGUCACCAAACAUGCACCGCAGAGAUCAUGUCUCAUCCUCACUGCGACGACCGAGCACAAAGUCACAAGGUAUAUAACCCGCGUGUCGGGUCUCACAUCGUCCACGUCAAGGUCACAAGCUCCUGAAUUGGCCCAACUGGCACCUCCACUUCUCUCCUCAGUUGAGUCUCAGUCGCAUCCCAAUAGCGAUGUCUUGCAAUGUCAGACCUGUGUUGCGCAGAUACAUUGGUUGUUGUCAGAACCAGGCUCCGCAGUUUCGAGGUUACCAACAGAUAUUACUUGGCUGUUCUCGGAGAUAUUAAAGGUACAAAGUUCACCUUCGAAUUAUACAACCCUCUGUAUGUUGAAAUGUGUUUACAUGAAAGCUCUUUUUCUGUGCCAGAAAGGCGAUAUCUCUGGCAGUCUCGAAGUGUCCAAAUCUGCUCUUCUGUGGUUACAUGAACACGAGUCUAAAUUAUUGUCGCACCCGCAACUACGCGCAUGGUCAGAGCAGAUUCUGGCGCAUAUGGCACUGACGGCAGUUGAAGGAGCCCAUCUCUCUUCAGAAGCACAUGAACAGAUCGACAUAGCUCUGCAAGCGUUCCGACAGUGGGCAAUUUCCAGUGCAAGGAGCAAAGAGACGCUACGAGACGACUUUGGUAUUGUACGACCACUUAAACAAAAGGUCGAAAUUUGGAAAGCAUAUUAUCUGUUUCUUUCAGAGCUCUUGCAGGAUGGCAUUGAUCAUCACGUGCUUGGAGAGAAGCAUACUCGGCUACACCAGGUCGCUGAGCUUCGCCGGAUUGAGUCUAUUUAUGAGAAUGAAUUACUACGCGUAACUCGUUUCCCUAAGGCGAAUGAGUCCAAUCAAGCUAUUGAAGAAUGGGUUGGGCGAGUCAUUCGAAAUUGGGAAAUCUUGUGUGGAAGAGCUUGGCCGGAGUCAGAAUUGGGCGAGGGGGGUCGUGACGCCUAUGGGAGGAAUGUUCUUGAUAUACUUUACCGUGCAGCAACGAAGACCUUCCACUCUACCCUCAUCCUUCGUCGUCUCUUCCAAGUUCACAAAGCCCUUGCCGACUUCAGUCUCGCAUACAAAGCACUCGAUGCCUACCUCGAACUGGUAGAUCGUGGUAAAGCCAGGGCUCAAAAAGCUUCAGAGAGUCUAACAGGUAUCGGGGAUGAGGAGAGCAUUAUCAGAACCAUUGCUGAAGGCAUCGAAGGGUUGUGUAUAUUUGGGAGAAGGGACCAGGCAGAGAAGGCAUUCAGGCUUACUGGCAAACUUGGAGAAUGGAUUGAUGAUUUUACAACGAAAAGAUCAGAGGCCCCAACUAACCAGUCUCCAGAUCUAGAGACUGUUCAUGGCAAUGCGCAUAACAAGAUGGCCGAGGCGCGGAUUCUGGAAGCUGCACACAGAGCUAUCGGUAUUGGCAGAGCAUUCUGGGCUUUGUGGACGCCAUUCAACGAGCGGAGAUCGAUAUAUCAGAAUGAAGCACUAGCAAGCUUCAAGCAGGCAACCAGGGUGCUCCCCGACGUUUCGCCUUCAUUGGAAACCGCUUACGCACUAGCUCUUCUACUUGCUGAAACCCGUGAUCUGAAAAGUGCCAUUGACUGUGUCAAAGGGGCGUUGAGCACUUUUAGUGUUCAAGCAGAAGAACAUGACUUCGCUCAGCAGCGUAGGACCAUGCCGCUAUGGCACCUGCUUGCGCUACUUCUGAGUGCUAGGCAGGACUUCAAUACUGCCUAUGAGAUGUGCGGUGCUGCUUUCGACCAAGUUACUAAUGCCGAAAACCUCCUCGACAACCUAUCAACCUCAGUCAAUGGAAAUAUGAUCUCCAAUAGUGAGAAGGCACCAUUGAAUAACGAAUCGCAGGAUCUUAUCGGCGACAUGGAUUGGACAGAAAGGGAACGAAUUAUCGAAAUCAAAAUCACCGAACUUGCUAUUAUUGAGCUGACGGAGGGUGCGGAAGAAGCUGUUAACGGCAGUAACGAAUUGUUGAGUCUCUUCUCAAAGCUCUUUGGUCAUCUCGGCGUUGGCCAGGAGGAGAGACCUCAACCUAGAAGACUGACCCCUCCCGAAAACUCCACUGGAACCGCCAAAAGCCUUCGUGGGAGUAUAUUCGGUCGAAGGAGGGAAAGGCCAACAACGACUGCGCAGAAUCAUGCUGCCAAUGCAGUACCAUUUCUACCACAAAAUAUUCUCGCGCGGUACCCUACACAAAGGACUGAAGCACCGACAAUCAAAGUGACUGAUGAAGAUUCAAGAACAGAAAAGCACAAAUCACAUUCUAUUCGACGAUCACACAGCCACAGUCGUAGCGAUCGACAAAGUCAUAAAUUAUACAAGCGGGAAGGGUUGAAGGCUGGUAUACUUCGCCGUCACAGCAGAUCUGCUGAGACUAGGCCAGCUAGUAGCAUUGUUUCCAGUCCCCGUCAAUCAUUCGAGACAGGCCAAGAGCAGAUUUCAAGGCGAGCAUCCAUUAUUGGAGCUGUACCCAAUGGCGUUUCUGAAGACAGCCCGGUUGAUCAACUUGGAGCGAUUAGCACUGCGGAGGUUAUUGCAGCCAAUGCAACUCCAUUACACUCGCAUAACAAAGUUCCGGAAGCUAAGGUUUCGCUGCCAUCUAUUGGUCACAACAUUGAUCACACAGAGCUGCCACCACCACCAGGACAUGAGAGCCAACCACCUCAACAAGACGUUCGGCUUCCCAUCGUACAUUCAUUAACCACGUCGACUCAACCUACGUCCCGGUUUUCGAGGACCGCCGAACAGAUACAUGCCCAUGGAAUAUUGGUAAAGGUAUGGCUACUUGUUGCUGGCCUUUACCGGCGAGCUACCCUAUUUGACGAUAGUCUGGAAGCAUGCGGUGAGGCAGCUAGAAGUGCAUCACAAGUUGAAGCUCUUGUGGCUGCUCAAGAAUCAUCGAUCACCACAUUCACAGAGCCAGCGUGGGAAGGCGGCAAAAGCUCGAAUGAAAUCUGGGCAGAUGUACAUGCCGAGAGAGCUCAUCUUGCGCUAGCGAAGGCAAUGCCGCACGAGGCCAUCAAGCAUUUUGAGGAAGCACUCAUGUGUUCUUUGGAUCAUCCCGAGGCCACAGUAGGUUUAAGCAACAUUCUCCUAGACAUCUACGAACAGAAAAUACCGGGUGAGGCGCCUCGGCCUGGUUUAAAUCUCGAUGUUUCAGAGAAGCAGCAGCAGAGUCAUGCAAAAGCCGCCACAACACAAAAUGGUCCUCUGAAUGAGAAGACACAGGGAGCUCAUCGAGCAGGUGAUGAACUUCGGAAAACACCUGCAAACCUCAAUCGGCUUGCUGCGAGGGAUCGAGCGUACGGAUUGCUGUGCAACCUGACAAAAUUGGGUUCAUCAUGGGAUGAUUCGGAGGCUUGGUACACCCUUGCUCGUGCACAUGAGUGCAGCGACACCAAAGCCGGCACCCUCAUCGGCACCGACCGCUACGGGAACCGGUACUUCGAGAACAUGGAGGAGGAACUGCCCCUCCGCACGCGCUGGAUCGACUACAAGGACAAAGAGUACGACGCCUCCCACAUCGAACCGGGCUGGCACGCCUGGAUCAGCUAUCUGGUAGACCAGCCGCCGGGGAAGGAUGAGAUCUUGCAGACGGGCAUUCGGGAGUGGGAGCCCAAGGAACAUCGGAUGACUGCGACCAUGACGAGGGCGGCGUAUCGGCCGUAUUCUACGUGA